UUUUUCUUCUUCUUCUUCUUCCGUGAUUGCCCUUUUAAGCCAUUUUCGGUUCGACGUUGGUUUGUAAUCCCAUUUUCGAGAUUGUUUUUGAGUUAGCAAUGGAGAUCGUGAACAAGUUAGUGUCAGACAAGCCUGUCGUGGUGUUCAGCAAGAACAGUUGCUGUAUGAGCCACACUGUCAAGUCACUCUUGUGCGACUUUGGAGUUAACCCGACGGUGUACGAGCUCGAUGAGCUCCCGGGAGGGCAUGAAAUCGAGCAAGCUCUCAUUCAGAUCGGUUGCAGUCCUGCCGUGCCUGCAGUGUUCAUCGGCGACCAACUGAUCGGUGGCGCAAAUGAAGUGAUGAGCCUUCAUCUUAAGCGGAACUUGAUCCCCAUGCUUAGAAGGGCCGGAGCUUUGUGGGUUUAAGUUAUACCUAUAAAUGUAACUUUAACAUAGCCAAGCUUUACCUUAGGCAUCCGACCAAAAUGGCACAGAGAGUUCACUUCAAAAAGUUUUUUUUUUUUUUUUUUUUUUUUUUGACUUCAAUGUAACUUAAGCAUCGUUCCGUUCAUCUUAUUAAUAAAAAUAUCCAUAAAUUUUGUAUUUUUUCGUAAGGGUAGACUGGCACCGACGAUAUUUGUCCACUUUAUAGGAGAAAUGAAC